AUGCUGGUAAGGAAGCUUAGCAAUAGAUUUACAAAGCCGGAAGAUGAAAUUAUCAUUGAAGGAGCUGAGCCUGAUAACAUGUAUUUUUUGGUCAAUGGUGAGGUAGAAGUUUUUGUGACUGAUAAAAAUCUGAAGAAAAACUCUGUGUGCUUCUUAAGUCCUGGAGCGCAGUUUGGCGAGCUUGGAUUGAUAUAUUAGAUUAGAUUAAUUUGAAAUGAUUUUAAGUCCUUACUUCACUGAUCGCUCCUUUUUACAGUGAUGUGCUGAGGGUUGCAGAGUGCUGCCGUCUUUAGCAGCCCGAACCAAUUACCAAGGAUCUAAAGGACAUUGUUGACUGCCACCUUUUCAAACCACAAAACGUCACCUGUUUUGACACAAACUCUAGAAUGUUCACAGACCUAAUCACUCCCCUUGAUAUGAGUACUUUCGACUUGAGAGGCUCCCUCACUGGCGCCAGCUAGCUGUCUAAUUUACCUCCCCUCUUUCCCAAAGAAAAAACCAAAAGCAUUCGCCAUUUGGGGCAAAUCACCAAAGCAACUUGAACGGGUAAGUAGUCAUUCUCCAUAAGGGACUCUCAUGAGCUGGGUGCUUCUAUAAAAAAGAGAUUCAAAUAAUGAUUGCUAUAUAAUAUUCACAGAACAGCUUCAGUAAUCAGCUAUGGGUACUGUACAAUAGCUGAGCUUAGUAAAAAGAAUUUUCAAUCAUUGGUUUUAUCAUUUCCAAUGUUGAAAAACAAGAUGAUUCGAGCUGCUGAAGUUUAUGAUGAUCCAUGGAAAAGAUUUUUAUUAGACUCUCUUUCCCAAGCUGAGUAUUUUGAAGCUCUCCCAAGACAAGUUUUCAGAGAAUUUCCAUAUAGAAUGGAAAUCAUGAAGCUUGAAAAGGGAGGAUAUUUGUUUAAACCUGGGGAAAUACCAAAAUGUAUAUACUUAGUAGCGCUUGGGGAACUAGAAAUUUCAGUAACCAUAAAUGAGAAACAUCUGCAUCUCCUCAAAGCUCAUGAGCAUUUCCCAAACAUAGAAAACGAACCAAGGAUUCCAAGAAACCAAAGAACCUUAGAAGACUAUAAAGAUUAUUCUUUUGAUAUUUUCAAAGCUGAUUCUUUAAAGAAAAAAGCAGAAAUCGUCCCUAUUAUGGACCAAAAAGGUAUAGUAGGAUCUAUCAGACUUGAUGAAGAAGUUCCAGAAAAAACCUCUAUGAUAGGAGAUUACCCACAAGAAAUAAUUUUAGGAAAUAUCUCACAAGGCGCUCUUAUUUCUUCUACAUUUAUAUAUGCAAAAAUGCCUUAUUUAUUCCAAUGCAAAGCAUUAAAUACAGUAACAGUCUAUGCAUUAAAAUUAGAGACUAUUAAGGAGCUCGCAAAAAACCAUCCUGCUUUUGAAAAUGAAAUGAAAGAAAUUAAAAGUGAAAUUAAAGGGAAAAAAUAUCCUAAUAUUUUAGACAUCAUCCAGCCUGAAACUUCAAGUGAAAGAAUUAAGAAACUAUGGGUUUCUGCCAUUUUAAGGGUGAUUGCGCAGCUUCGACAAGAACGUAGAGGAGGGGUUGGCUUGCUUCUUCAAAUUACUUCAAAACUUAAAGCUAUCAUUGCGUGUGAAGAAGCUGGAAAUUUCGAUCUUGCUGAAAAAGUAGCAAGAGGGGAUAUCCCUCCACAUUAUAUAUUAGAAGAUGGGACUUUGGACCCAGCAGCUAUUAAUUCGAAUAUAAACUCAUCACUGCCUGUAAAUCAUCCUAUGAUGAUGACCUUAAAAGCUAUGCUAGAUUCUAUUACUCAGCCUGGUGGGAAUAUUGUUAGACAAUAUAACGCUCUUGAUAAAAAAAUUUUACAGCACUCCAAAAUUAUUCAGAGUUAUGGAAAAAGCCUUGAAGAGGUAAAAGAUACGCUGAGAAAAAUCAUUAAUAAGCUAAAAGGGAAUAUAGAUGAGCCUGAACCAGAAAAGAUAAAAGACCAGCUGCCUAAGCUUGGAAAUGUUGAAGAAGCAAAAAGAAAAGAAAUGAUGAAACUGGAUAUACAAAAGGUAUAUACCUCAGAAGAAGAGAGGCUGCAGAGGAGGGAAGCUAAAAAACUAGCGAAAAUACAAAGGAAGAAUGAUAGAGCUAGUAUAAAUGAAGCAGUUAUAAAGCCUAGAUCGCAAAUUGAUGAGGUUGAUAGACCCAAAGAUUUAAUAUCUUCUUUUAAAGAGAGCAAAGAAUAA